GUUUCUCAACGCCCAUUAGACACUUGUCUGUACGUGCUCUACUGCCAAAUACCGAUCAUUAUAUAACAUACGAAGGAUCCACCACACAUCCCGGCUGUUGGGAAAGCACUGUCUGGAUAAUAGUAAAUAAGCCAAUUUAUAUAACAAAACAAGAGUUAUACCAGCUGAGACGCCUUAUGCAGGGCUCAGAAACAACACCGAAAGCUCCUUUAGGCAAUAAUGCACGUCCAGUGCAAAAUUUACACCAUAGAACUGUAAGGACUAAUAUAGACUUUAAGAGGAAUAAGAAUCAAAAUGCCUGUCCUACAAUGUAUAAGGAUAUGUACUAUAGAGCGAAUCGAUGGUCACCUGAUACAGGUCUGCUGGUUCGUUGACCCAUUCUGUACAAUAA